GAAGUGCUUUGUGACAAAAUGUCUGUUAGUCGACUAUGGCGAGGGUUCUCAUCGCGGUUGCCUAUCAACCAAACACUCCUAAGUUACAGAAGAACUUGGAGACAGCCUCAGAGAUGUAUCAUCAGCUAUAGCAAGACGGAUGGAGAGAUCCUCACAGUCAAACAGAUGAGGAAGAAAAUGGUGGAGUUUACUGGAGCACAGAAGCAGUGGAGUCUGGAUGGGAAGAAUGCAGACCGGUCAGCACUGUCCAGCCUCUUGGCCCAAGACCAGACGGGAUUGGAGCCCCGGAAGAUUUCCGACAGCUACGAUGAGAUCUGCAUCCCACUCUCUGACCCUGUCCAAAGAGACAAAUACAUGAAUAUGUAUAACAGCAUCCGUAUUGGAAGGAUACUGGAAGACAUUGAUAUGUUUGGUGUGUGGUUAUGUUACAGACACAGCAAGCCAGCCAAAGCAAUAGAAGUUUCUCCUCUUGUGAUUGUGACUGGCCUUGUAGACAGAAUAGACAUGAGCACCAUUGACAUCAUACCUGACAAGGAUCUACGGCUGACUGGACAUGUGACCUGGGUCGGCAAAACAUCAAUAGAGGUCACCAUCAACCUUGAACAGAUGAUUGACAGCUCAUAUUCUAAGAUCUUGGAGGCCAAGAUUGUCAAUGUUGCUAGGGAUCCUCUCAACAAAAGACCAGCCUUUAUCAACCCAUUGGUUGCUGAGUCAGAGGAAGAAUCAGAGGAACUGAUUGCAGGCAAUGCAAGGAAGGUAGCCAGACAGGAAAGGUCUAAGGCCUCACUGUUGAAGACCGCCCCUGCGACUGAGGAGCGAGAAAUCAUACACAAAAUGUUUGUGGAAUCACUACCUGUAGGGGCAUCGUCAUUCUCUCAUCGUAUCAAACCAGACAACGCUACAUGGAUGGAUGAAACCAAACUUAAGAAUGUCAUUAUCUGCUUCCCACAGGAGAGGAAUCUAUUUAACAAGAUCUUUGGAGGUUUCCUGAUGCGCCAAGCCCUGGAGCUAGCCUUUGCCAGUGCAACUCUACACUCCCAUGGCAGGAUUCGCAUAGCAGCCAUCGACAACAUUCUCUUCCAGAAACCAGUCGAAGUGGGGUCAUUCCUCUUCUUUCUGUCUGAGAUUGCGUAUACAGAGGGAUGUUACAUGGAAAUCAGAGUUCACUCUGAGGUCGUUGACCCCCGAACAGGAGAGCAUGAUACGACCAACGUCUUUCAUUUUACCAUUGUAACAGAGAAUCCGGUACCCCUAGUGUGGCCUAAGACAUAUGGUGAGUCCAUGCUUUACCUUGACGGAAGGAGGCGGUUCCUGGAGUACAAGCGCAUCAAUCAAGUGACUGACACAAGCACCGUCUCCCUGACCUUCUAACUCCCAAAGACUUGUUAGAGGCAUGUUUACAUUGUCUUCUGACUGCCAAACACUCAUUAGAGGCGUGUUUACACUGUCUUCCUAGGAGGCGUAAUGUGUUCAGAUUGUAGAGAAGGAAAUCACGGAUACCGGAACUGUCCUAAUGACUUUCUAACUGCUAGUAACUUGCAAAUGCAUGUUUGAGCAGUCUCACAAAUAUAUAUAAAGGGAUUGUGUGUUCACACUGUGCCAUUAUAUCGUAAUCUGGAAGGAAACAUAGAAAGAUACCGGUUCGGUCCUGCUCUUUCCUUAUUAAUACCUCAGUGCUUGUACAGCGCACAUCAUUGGUGUAGCGUCUCUAUGCGCUUAGGCGCCACAGAUUUAUUCAACUGGCAUUCGGAAUGCAUUUGGAAUGCCCUUGUUAAUCUUUCUGGAAUGUAUCCGGAAUGCCCCCAUUCUAGCCACAUUCUCAAAAAAUCAAUGCGAUCUGCGCCUAUUGUCUAGAGAA